AUGCAGAGAAUCUUCGGCGCUAAGAAGAACAAGGAUCCUCCUCCUUCCAUCUCCGAUGCCUCCGAUAAGAUUACUAAAAGGGGCGACACUGUGGAAGAGAAGAUAAAAAAGCUGGACGUUGAGCUCAGCAAAUACAAAGAGCAGAUUAAGAAAACACGACCUGGACCUGCUCAGGAGGCCAUUAAAGCACGUGCCAUGAGGGUUCUUAAACAGAAGCGCAUGUAUGAGGGCCAGCGUGACAUGCUCUACAACCAGACUUUUAACCUGGAUCAAGUUGCUUUUGCUGCUGAGGGUAUUAAAGAUGCUCAACAAACUAUGUCAGCUCUGAAGUCUGCCAACAAAGAGUUGAAAGGGAUGAUGAAAACUGUUAAGAUUCAAGAUAUAGAUAACUUGCAAGAUGAGAUGAUGGACCUGAUGGAUGUUAGUAAUGAAAUCCAAGAAACUCUGGGUAGAAGUUAUAACGUGCCUGAUGACAUUGAUGAGGAUGAACUCAUGGGUGAACUUGAUGCUCUGGAGGCAGACAUGGGAUUUGAAACCGAAGGUGAUGGUGUGCCAUCGUAUUUGCAGCCUGACAAGGAACCAGAUCUGGAUUCAGAACUCAACCUGCCUACGGCACCUAUGGGACAUGCUGCUAGACCCCAGGCUGAGGAUGAAUUUUCACUACCAGCUGUUCCACGGGCAUCCCUUCGUGGCUAA